AUUUUUUAUUGUCCUAAACGAGUAAACAACAAUUGCGUUUGGCUCUAUGGUAGAACUCACUGUCAACGCGGCUGCAAGUGUUGCGAAUGCAUUGCUGAACCCAACAACUUACCACAGCUCGACGCUGUGUCAACAGGACCAGGGACUCGCCCGGAGGACCUACCCGGUUGCCAUGGUGACCAAGGUGUGCUGGGGCCGAGGAGAUCCGCGUUCCUGAGGAAGUUCGCGUUGAGUCCGAAACCAGGUUUCAACAAAACAAAAAAAAGUCAAAUGUUGUCAAUUAUUGACCAAUUAUUUUGUGGCGGCUGGGGUGAAUGUAGUAGCCAGGAAGGCGGUACGUUCGCCACAUCCUUGAAUGCGUCGAUCUUUUUCGACCCGUUGGUCCGAGAGGGUUUAAAAGAGAUGUUUUACGAUUGAAAGUUGAGUAAAAACUCGGGGAGAGUAACGUUAUGAUACUGUGAUCGUUAACGGAGAAACGUGGAUAAUGGAUAACGAACCUCGGUUGAUAGUAUGAGGGCUGCUGGAUACAUCAUCACACUUUUGGGAAAGAAAACCCGAAACUCAUAAGGAUUCUCAGAGGUGUUCAUCUUGAGCUGUCCAGAGGAGGCCAACACAGCGGUGACAUCAUGGUGAGGCAUAACCCCAGACGGCCGAAGACAAAUGCUGGCACUCAGAUGCCUACUCUCAAGCCAUUAUCUCUGAUGGACGACCCCGCCGCCAAGCAGAGCCCUCCUCCUUAUGCAGAGCUCUUCACAGCCCCUGCUAGCGGCCAGCCGGGGUUCCCAGACCGUGUGUACCUGUUGGCAGCAGCCAUCUUCCAGAACAAUCACCAGCAGAAGCCUGCGUCUCACCAGCUGGUCAAUUAUGGCAAGCAAGAAGGCUCUGCCCUACCCAAGGUCAAGGAGGGGGGAAUGGACCUGGCAGCCUACGAGUUGGCCUUCAACACACUGAAAUAUCAAGAACUACUGGAGGACAUCUUGAUUGACAGCUGCUUUUACCUGGCUCAACCAAUGCUGUGUAGUUAG